ACAUGACGCUAGACGUACAGUAUCUGCGCCGCGAAGCAGGAAGCGUGAUGGCGGUACAGGCUCAACCAAAACAAGAGAAAGAGAGCGACGAUUGCUCUUUGCUGCCUUUAGUUCAUGAUAUUAUCAAAUGCAUGGACAAGGACAGUCAGGAUGUCCACCAAGAACUGGCCAAGCUGAAGGCAAAGAUUCAGGAGGCUCGGGAGCAGAUAUCCAACAUGCCCGGGAUAGACAGCAGUCCGCUGGAGCAGCAGCAGCAGCUAGACACUCUGCGGGAGCAGGUCCGCACCAAGAACCAACUGCUGCAGAAAUACAAAACUCUGUGCAUGUUUGACGUGCCAAAAGCGUCAUGAAAGGGAAGCGUGGGUUACUGCAAUGACUGGAAAAAGAUCACAGACAGUCGAGGUGCAUGAAGGAAUUUCUGUUUUCAUCCUCGCCCAUGUGGCAGACAAAUGUGAUUUCAGAAAUACGGGAUGGACGUUUGAAUGAACAAGGACUUAUUUUUCCUCAGUUGCAUCGCAUUGCAAGAUAUUUUUGAACGUCAGUCCUGCUUUUGUCAUUUUGUUUUUAGUAUUGCGAGAAUACAAAGUUAUUUAUGUAGCAUUUGUAUUAAAAGCAGUGUUUGAUUUUGUUAUCUUUUUAUGUUCUUAUUUUUCAAUUAAAUGCAUUGAUUAAGAACUGA